GUGCUGAUGGGUAUGGAAGAGUUUCUCCUUCUGCUGAUCGCAUUCAUCUUCAAUGCAGCUUACAACUAAACCACCAGUCUCACCCUUGAACGAGAUUGUAAGCUGUUUAAAGCCCGGUGUUAUGUUGUAUAUCUAUCCAUGCCCAGUACAAAAGAUAAUGGGCCUCAACAAGAAGAGGUCAUCCCUGCAGGUGUUAUUCGGAAAAUUCGCUGCAGGUGGAAACAGGGGAUUGCGUUUCCAAGUGGCCCUUUUGAUUUUGUAUUGGAAUUAUCUUUUUUUUUUUUUUAGGUAAAAUGACUACACAUGAAGGAAGGUCUUUCCUUUCCCAAAUCCAUCCCAUCUGUUCAAGUUUGAACUGGCCAACAUAAAACCUCUAGCUUGCAACGGUGGCACAUCCGUAGGGAGGAUCAUUUAGAUGAUAAACAUCGCAGGUGUUGUUCAAUCAGACACAGGAAACCCAGUUGAAUUUGAUUCGAAGAAGUAGGAAAAGAGUGCCUCAGGCAUCAGUUUUGGAUCUUUUGCUGCUAGUUGGAUCUCAGCGACCAUUUUGUGCUUCACAUAAGUUUUUGAAGGCUUAUCUGCAAGUUAAAUGCGGUUUUAUGUAUAUGCUGUUGAUCAGAAUAUGUAGAAUAGAACACAUGAGAAAAAUGACAGACAGAAUAUGGCACCUGUGUGUAUUAAGAGGCCAAGGAUUCUAGUAUUUUUGGUUUCAAGUUCUGCUGUAGUUAUGGAGCUAUUCCUUGUUCCAGACACUGACUACACUACACAACCAGAGAAUCUCCCUGUAGAACUUGGUUACAUCAGAGAGGAUUUUAAUUUGUAACAGUAGGUUCUGUAAUUUCUAAAAGAAUAGAA